AUCCAUUAUAGUUUGACUUUGAACCAGAAAAUCACCAUUGUUGGAGCUUCUUCACUUUUCCUGAAAUGGGUUGUAAUCGGAAUUUGUUUUGCAGCCAUCAUUUUCACAAAUUCACUAUUUCCUUACUUUUCUUCAUCAUUUCAACCUCCACCCAAUUCGUUUCCAUUGCUGAUGGUAGAAAGACGACGACUUUCAGACCGGAUGUUCAAAUUCAGAGGAGAGAUCAGGAAGAAAAAGUGAUGAAUUUGAGAGCACAGAUUGGGUCUAGCCCACCUAAAUGUGAACGGAGAUGUAGAUCUUGUGGGCAUUGUGAAGCGAUUCAAGUGCCGAUGAAUCCACAGAUAAGGAAAAGCUUAAUCAAUGGAGUUUCGAUUUCAAUGUCUAGAAUUGCAUAUGACAGAGGAGGAGGAGGAGGAAGAGGUGAUGAAGAUGAUGGGUCUAACUAUAAACCAAUGAGUUGGAAAUGUAAAUGUGGCGACUUCAUCUUCAACCCAUGAUAUAUGAAUGAUCUAUCCAUCUAUAUACACUAACCCCAACUUUAUUACUCUCUUUUCUAAAUAUGUAAAUGAAUGAAUGAAAUCAUCUCUUUCUGAAAUUUUUGAUAUUUAAUCUAUAAACUGUCAUUGAAAUUUCUGAUU